AUGCCUCUGCUCGCCGCUUUUCCGAUUCCCUCUAGUCCACCGUCGCUGCAAAACCUCCAGCAUUUCCCGCCUCUUCCGAGCUGGACAGCAGCAUCAGUGUCCACGUGUCACUCGAAUUCCACGUCACUCCCGCAGUUCACGGCUCAAAAUCCAGUGCAAAGUCAAAUCUUUACUGGUACUAGCUCCGACAUUCCGAAUUCCCCUGCGUCUGGUCGUCUCAUUCCAUCUCAGAGAGGCGGCUCAGGCUGCCCAACAGUAGCAGCCAUGAGGCUGAGCGUGCGCGAGGGGGACAAGCUGCGCCUGCAUGCAGCAGGCGCGCUGGCGCAGAAGCGCCUGGCGCGCGGAUUGAAGCUCAACUACCCCGAGGCGGUGGCUUUAAUCGCCACGCAGGUGCUGGAGUUUAUCCGAGAUGGCAGGAGCGUUGCAGAGCUCAUGGACCUCGGCAAGCAGCUUCUGGGAAGGCGCAACGUGCUGCCAGCGGUGCCAGUGCUGCUGGACGUGGUGCAGGUGGAGGGAACCUUCGCGGAUGGCACCAAGCUGGUGACGGUGCACCACCCCAUCAGCCGUGAGGACGGUGAUCUCUCCCUCGCUCUCCAUGGUUCCUUCCUGCCAGUCCCCUUGCCUGACCUCUUCGCCACGCCAGUCACCACCAUUGCUCUCAGUGGCUCUGCUGCACCGGGGCAGAUCAUAGUGGCAGAGUCAGGCCCGCUGCUGCUCAACGCUGGCAGGGCGGCCGUGCGGCUCAGCGUCAGCAGCCGCUGCGACAGGCCCAUUCAGGUGGGCAGCCACUACCACUUCGUGGAGACAAAUCCGCUGCUCUUCUUCGAUCGCCAGCUGGCGUAUGGUUACCACCUCAACAUCCUCCCCGGCACUGCCGUGCGCUUCGAGCCUGGCGAGACAAAGCAGGUGGUGCUGGUGGUGAUGGGGGGCAGAAGGGUGAUACGAGGUGGCAACGGGAUAGCGAGUGGAGCAGUGGACGAGAGCAGGACGGCUGAGGUGGCUGCUAAGGCUGUGGCCAUGGGCUUCGGACAUGUGCCAGAACCCAACGCACUCAAGGGUGUUGUGGGGACUGACGAGGCCCUGACUGUGCGAGUGGAGAGGGAGCGGUAUGCAGAUGUGUUUGGCCCUACAGUGGGCGACAGAGUGCGGCUGGGAGACACAGCGCUGGUGGUGGAGGUGGAGAGGGAUUUUACGGUGCUGGGAGAUGAGUGCAAGUUCGGAGGGGGGAAGGUGCUGCGCGAAGGCAUGGGGCAGGCGACUGGGGUGAAGGCAGAGGACGCCCUGGACGUGAUAAUAACGAAUGCGCUUAUAGUGGACCACUGGGGCAUAGUGAAGGCUGACGUGGGCAUCAAAGGCACGCGCAUCUCUGGCAUUGGGAAGGGAGGCAACCCUGAUGUGAUGGAUGGGGUGGACGAGAACAUGGUGGUGGGGGUGACGACCGAGGUGAUCGCAGGCGAGGGGCUGAUUCUCACUGCAGGAGGCAUUGACACGCACGUGCACUUCAUCUGUCCCCAGCUAGCGGACGAGGCAAUCUGCAGCGGUCUGACCACGCUAGUAGGAGGAGGCACGGGGCCAGCACAUGGCACUCUUGCCACCACAUGCACGCCAUCCCCCGAUGCCAUGGCUCUCAUGCUGCAAGCUACGGACAACAUGCCUCUCAACUUUGGGUUCACUGGGAAGGGCAACACAUCUAGUCCCGAGGGUCUGAUAGACAUCAUAAAAGCGGGAGCAAUCGGGCUGAAACUCCACGAGGACUGGGGCACCACGCCUGCGGCCAUUGACACGUGCCUGGGCGUGGCGGAGGAGCAUGAUGUGCAGGUGACGAUUCACACGGACACUCUCAACGAGUCGGCGUGUGUGGAGCAGACCAUUGCUGCCUUCAAGAACCGCACCAUCCACACCUACCACAGUGAGGGAGCAGGGGGCGGGCAUGCGCCGGACAUCAUCAGCAUCUGUGGGGAGAGCAACGUGCUGCCCUCCUCCACCAACCCCACUCGCCCCUUCACCACCAACACCAUCGACGAACACCUCGAUAUGCUGAUGGUGUGUCACCACCUGGACAGCAACAACAGGGAGGACGUGGCAUUUGCCGAGUCCCGAAUCCGAGCCGAAACCAUCGCAGCAGAGGACAUACUGCAUGACAUGGGGGCAAUCAGCAUGAUGUCAUCCGAUUCCCAAGCCAUGGGUCGCAUAGGGGAGGUCAUCACACGCACCUGGCAGACCGCACACAAGAUGAAAGUGCAGCGGGGCCCUCUUACCGAGGAUAAAGGUUCUGAUGGGUUUGGGUUUGGCACCGCUCCGAAUGAUAACUUCCGGGUGAAGCGAUAUGUGGCGAAGUAUACGAUUAAUCCCGCGAUCGCGCACGGGUUUUCGCACGUGGUGGGGUCGGUGGAGGUGGGGAAGAUGGCGGAUGUGGUGCUGUGGCGGCCGGCGUUCUUUGGAGCGAAGCCGGAGAUUGUCGUGAAGGGCGGCGCGAUCGCGUGGGCUCAGAUGGGUGAUGCCAAUGCCAGCAUCCCCACUCCAGAGCCAGUCAUCAUGCGACCACAGUUUGCAGCGAGCGGCAAGGCAGUGGGGGGACGCUGCAUGGCUUUCAUCAGCCAGCUGUGCCACGAGUCAGGCUCGGCAGCCAAUCUGGGUCUCACCAAGACCCUCACUCCCGUCUACAACUGUCGCAACCUCUGCAAGGAGGAUAUGAUCCAUAACGGAGCCCUCCCAGCCAUCCACGUGGACCCUGAGACCUACCAGGACAAGGGAGGGGAAAUUGGGAAAGGGAAGUUAUUAGAUCGAUCCUCAAGAGCAGUAUGCGAAAGGCCAAGAGCAGCUGGAGACGCAGCGGAGAAGGGGGGGCAUCACACGCAAGCGUCGUUAUUGGGUGAGGUAGCCAAGGAGCUAAUUCUUCAGCCAAUAGUGGAGCGACACGUGGCACGCGGCGCGUUCGGCGACGCCCUGGCAGCGGCCGACAGCUGUCUGAACGCCAUGCUGGCGAAUGACGUGGCACGCAAGGUCUCCCUCUCUCAGGGCUCGGCCCUGCUUCGGGUCGCCUCCACUGUCUUCCCAGAGGCCUCGCCCUUGCUCCCCACCUAUCGCACGAGGACACGUCAGCAGGGUCAACCGAGUCGACCAAGUCAACCCACAUCAUCUCCUCGUGCAUACGGCCACCACGCGGUGAUCUUCGGUGCUCUCUGCGGGUGUCUCUCCAUCCCCCUGCCCUCCGCCCUGCGAGGCCUCGUCUACUGCGCCCUCAGGGACUGCCUCUCUGCUGCCACGCGGCUCAACCUGAUUGGCCCGCUGCAGGCUGCGGGCAUGCAGAGGGAGAUGGUGAGGGAUGCUGAGAGGAUAGUGGCGGAGGUGGGAGGAGGGGAUGGGGGCGGAGGGGAUGGGGGUCAAAGAUAUGGGAGCGGAGGGGGUGGUGGUGGGGAUGUGGGAGGACCAAGCGUUCUACCCAUGCCGCUAUGCAUGGACGCGGCAUUAGCUGCUACUGUGGGUGUGCGGGCGGGCGGCAUGGAUUGGACUGGAGUGCUGGUGGUGGAGCUGGUGGGCGGCCGCAGCACAGCAACAAGGAGCUUCUGUCGCUACCCGCUCAAGAUUAUGCUUCCCUCCAAGGUCGCGGCCUCAGGGGUGGAUGCAGUGUGGGCAUACAUGAUCACCUAUGGUGGGGGCAUAGUAGCAGGCGACAAGGUGACGCUCUCCUGUGCGGUGCAGUGCGGUGCCACGGCCGUGUUUGCCUCCCAGGCAUCCACCAAGAUUUUCCACUCUAUGCCAGGCACCCCACCAGCCCGCCAGCUCAUCACUGCUAUCAUCCAGCCUGGCGCCUUGCUGGCGGUGCUCCCCGAGCCAAUCACGUGCUUCCGCGCGUCGCAGUACCAGCAGCUGCAGAGCAUCCACGUGGUGCCAGGUGGCAGCCUCGUAUUGGUCGACUGGCUGACGAGCGGGCGGCGGGACCGAGGGGAGGUCUGGGAGAUGGAGUGUUACGAGAGUUGUAACCGCGUCUACCGGGAAGGAGAGGAGAUCCCUCUAGUCUUCGACAAGGUGAAGCUGUCAGCCAAUGCGGUGGUGCCACCUGGACAGCAGCUGGAGGGCAUCCACGUGCUCACCACCAUCAUUAUCCUGGGUCCACGGACAGAGGCGGUAAGGGCCCACUUAAGAGCAGCAGUGGCCCAGGCAGCAGCUGCAGCAUUCAACCCAAGGAGGAGCAGCAGAGGCUAUUCCUCCUCUGCUUCGCCUGCCCGAUCUGUCACCUCUGCUUCCCCGUCCGUUGAAACUGUGUCGGGGUUAGCUGGUGCUGUGGAGAGCACAGUGUGGGGUUGUUCGUCUGACAUGGGACAUGAUGAUUUGCUCGUCGUGCGCCUAGCCGCUGGAGACGCAAGUGCCAUGUACCAUUUUCUUGCAACCAACCUACAGCCACUGAUCCCACAGAUUGUGGCCCAGACCUACCCAAAAUGUCCACUCACGGGAAAACUCCCCAAGCCUGCUAAGGUCGUCCACACGCGGUGCCCCGCGGCCGCGAAAAUGUCGUGCUGCCAAGACUGCUUCGACCUUAACUACGCGAUUCGGGCGCUAGGGACGAACGUUACCUCUGUCGUCGACGCGAACACGGGCGGUAUGGGAACGCAGCUGGGCGUGCCGGCCGAUGUGUGCGGGCUGUUCAAGGGCUCGGAAACGUGCGAAUUGCUCGUCGAGCAGCUCGUGUGCGCUGUCAGCUGCAACCCUGACUCGGGCAAUUACUUCAGCAAGGCGACCGGAGCGCCCAUCCUCAACAUUUGCACGGCCUUCGCGCAGCAGGUGUACGACGCGUGCGGCACCCUCUCCUUGGGCGAGCUCAAAGUGGGUGAUUUCCUCUUCACGCCCGCGGAUCUGAUUCAGUCCGUGCUCGUCCCCGUUAUUGGCUCCGCCGUGCCCAACUUCAACGCGUCCAUCAAUGACGUGGGCUGCUACGGCGGGCCCGAGCAGGUUCCCUCCACCCCCCUCUGCUGCGAUCCGCUCAACGUCCCCCGCCAAUGUCCCAAGGGCGCGGUCAACCUCACCGGCUCUGCGGGGAUCGUCGGGCGCAAGCCCGCCGCCGCCAUCUGCGCGGACUUCCCCUACUCCGCCACCACCGUCCCCUUCAAGCGCGCGCCCCUCCCCGCCACCGCUGCGCCGGAGCUUCCGCCCGCCGCGACCGGACCUCCCCGCGGAGGACAGCCCAAGCCGAACACGAAUGCUGCCGGCACCCCCGCUUCACCCGCCGCCAAUCCCGGCAAGCCCAGCGGUCUUCCCGCGACCGCCAUGGCUCCCCCUGGCCCGAAAGGCGCUGCGUCGAAUCUGGUCUCCGCUGCUCUGGUGCUGCUCGCCAGUGCCGUGGCUGCCGCUGUUGCUCUUUAA